AUGCCAGAUGGUUCAGCAGCUUUGCCCGCAGAAAAAAAAUAUAUCAUAAAAUCAUUUCGAUGGAUCAAUGCGUGUGAUGUCCAUAAAUACCUUGAUACUACUCCUGAUUUUGAUCAUGAUGCUGAGAGAGUUACUGAGGCAGAUAUUUUGCCUGAAGACCGCGAAUACGAAGAUACCGACAAUAAAAAUGAAGAUACAAAUCAUACUGACAGCGAUUGGGAUUAG